UUGAGCGAGAGAUUGAAGAUUGAUAGGGUGCGGUUUGCGGAGGUGAAGGCAUCGGAGGCGACGACCUGGACGUUCGUGGAGGUGUAUGACGGGGAGGGAACGGUCGCGACUGCGGAGAUUACAUGCGGCGGGAAUACUGCGGAGGCGGUGCGGCUGACGUCGGAGCUCGUGGGACGCCUGAGGGGACGCGAGAUCGCUGAUGAGGGGGAUGUGGAAGGGAUGCUUGGGCUUGCGGUGUCGGAUAUGCAGGCGAAUAUGGCGCUGGCGACGGCGGUGAGCGGGCUGCGAACUGCUGUGAGCGACUUGCGGGCGCAGAGGCGGGGCAUAACGCUGACGGAGGAGCUUGGUGGGACGCCGCAGGAGAGCGUGCUGCUGUACGCGAAUAUCAACAGGCACUUGCUGACGCGGGACAGGUCGCCGGCGUCGUUCGGCAGGGCGGCAGAGCUGGCGGUGUCACGGGGGUUCGGGAUCGUGAAGUGCGCGCCGUUCGACGGGGUGGGGCCGCCUUCGACAAGGGGCGAGAUACUUGAUGUGGCGCGAGUGGGGAUCGAGCGUGUGGCUGCUGUGAGGGCGGCGGUGGGCGAUGAUGUUACGGUGCUGGUGGACUGCCACAGCAGGUUCGAGCGGCAUACUGCGCCGUUGGUGGCGGAGCAGCUUGCGAAGUCGAAUAUCGGGUGGUUCGAGGAGCCGGUGGAGCCGACGAAGGAUGCUGAGGGGCUGGCUGCGAUUGCGCGAGAGGUGUCGAUGAUAACCGCGGGCGGCGAGUCGGGGUAUGGGCGCGAGUUUCUUCAGGGCAAUUGUGGAAUGCGGCGCGCUGAAUGUGGUUAUGCCGGAUGUGAAGUAUUGCGGCGGGCUGGCGGAGGCAAGGGCUGCGGGAAUCGCGGCUAUGGAUGCGGGCGGCGAUGUGUCGCUGCACAGUCCGUCGGGGCCGGUGUCGCUGAUUGGGGGCGGGCAUGCGACGGCGGCGAUGCCGGGGGCGAUACAUCUGGAGCAUGCGGUGUAUGA